CAGCCCAGUUACUGUGUUUGAUGUCAAUGAAUAAAUGCAUUGGGACAACAGGAGCAGAAUAUGGUGACACUGUACAUCGCACGGAGUGCUAGCUCAUGCGUCCUCUCCGGCAUGCGCCCCUCAGGAGGCAACCUGUCCAGAUUUGUAGUGGGCCGACUCCUUUACUCCCGGAUACAGGGAGGAAGCCGGGCCAGGGGUGGUGUCUCUUAUGUGCUGUAAGCUUUGCUCUCAUUAACCCUUCCACCCCUGCAGGGUACGACUUAAUUUCAGGCACAGUCUUGUGAGUUCAGCUGGUGGACACGUCUGGCAGGUAGAGCAGUGCAAAUAGCUCAAAACUCAGCCACAGGUGUGUUCAGGAAGCAGGUGCUGGAAUUCACACAGAUCUCCGUCGGCUUUAAUAUUGGUUUUCCCGUUCCCAACUUAUCGCCAUGGAAAAGACUGGGCGCUGGUGAACGCCGGGGCUUUAUGGCUGGAAUAGCGCCGUGAUCCUGUGCGACCGAGCUCAUUGGCUCACAAGAGGCUUCCGUGAGAAACGGUGACUCGGGUCCCUGAAGUGACAUGACGCAGAGGGAGGAGUCACGUCCUGGCUGGUCCUAUCACGUCACUCUCUACAGGUGACAUAAUUGUGGCAUCAACACUACAUCUUGCAGACAUGAAUGGGAACAUCAAAGCUCCUCCGAACGGAAACAUGACUGAGAAUGGAAAUAUCACGGACCUGUUCCAUGAGGACGCCCAGUUGCGGUCUCAGCCGUGGUGGAAGAUUCAGCUCUUCGUCUGGGAGCCGAUUCUGUUUGGUACCUGGGAUGGCGUCUUCACGUCUUGUAUGAUCAAUAUUUUCGGGGUGGUUUUAUUCCUCCGAACCGGGUGGCUUGUGGGUAACACCGGAAUCCUCCUGGGCGUAUUCCUGGUGUCCUUCGUCAUCCUCGUGGCCCUGGUGACGGUGGUGUCCGGCAUCGGUGUGUGUGAGCGCUGCAGCAUAGGCAGCGGUGGGGUCUACUCCAUGAUUUCCACCGUGCUGGGGGGCAAAGUGGGAGGAACCGUUGGUCUUCUCUAUAUAUUUGGGCAGUGUGUUGCAGGUGCCAUGUACAUCACCGGCUUUGCAGAAUCUAUUGCGGACCUGCUUCACUUGCAGAGCACCUGGUCCGUUAGGGGCAUCUCGCUGGCGGUGCUCCUGGGGUUGUUGGGAAUCAAUCUGGCUGGAGUAAAGUGGAUCAUACGGCUGCAGUUGUUACUUCUGCUGUUACUGGCGGUCUCCACCAUGGACUUCGUUAUUGGCUCUUUCACUCACCUGGAUCCAGAACACGGCUUUGUAGGAUAUUCAGAUGAAUUAAUGCGGAACAACACGUAUCCAGAUUACACCCCGGGAGAGUCUUUCUUCACCGUGUUUGGGGUGUUUUUCCCGGCUGCCACAGGCGUCAUGGCCGGCUUUAACAUGAGCGGAGACCUGCAGAGACCGUCCGUUAACAUUCCAGUUGGCUCUUUGGCUGCAAUCGCCAUUUCGUGGUUCCUCUAUGUUGUGUUUGUCAUCUUACUUGGAGCCAUUUGUGCCAGGGAAUUCCUGCGCUAUGAGUUUAUGAUUGCAGAGAAGGUUUCUCUGGUGGGUUUCCUCUUUCUGCUGGGCCUCUACAUCUCCUCGUUGGCCUCCUGCAUGGGAGGCCUGUAUGGUGCUCCCAGGAUCCUUCAGUGCAUUGCACAGGAGAAAGUCAUACCCAUCCUCUCCUUCCUGGGGCACGGGAGAGGUCCCAACAGAACCCCGGUGGCUGCUAUCUUCUUGACUGGCCUCAUUACAAUGGGCUUUGUCUUCGUCGGCCAAGUGAACAUCCUGGCGCCAAUAGUUACCAUUAACUUCAUGCUGACGUACAGUGUGGUGGACUACUCUUACUUCUCGGUAACGAUGAGCUACAAUCUACAGCACACUCGCAGAAAAGUCAGGAGAGUGACUUCCAGGACACCAGGUCCUUCUCAGCCUUUGGUCUUUGAUAAGUCCACCAGUUAUGGUUCAAAUGGGACACUGCUGGAAUUCACAAGAGAUAUGGACCAGCUCUUCAAGCCGGGUCAUAUGGAGACAAUGGACAGCACCAGAAUCCAGGAUAAAGAGCAGAAAAAGUUCAUGAACCUCAAAAAAAAUAGAAAACCAGCUAAGGAGACUUUGCAAAGUAGCUUCCAGCUGGACCUUCUGCAAAGCAUUGACCAUGAGCUGGAGAACAGGACUCCGGGCAAGACCGACACUGACCAGGACCAGUUGAGGAGGACUUUGGAGAACACAUUCACUGAGCAGGUCAAAGAGGACAGCAUGUUAAAUACAGAGCCUGGUGAAGAUAGCGAGGGGCAGGAUUCUGUAGAGAUUGGCACCCAGGGACACGCAAACCACUGUAUGUGCGAUGAGGCAGAGGACGUAGACAGAACAGGAGACAAGGAGCAACUCUUCACAGAAAUCCAGCAGCCGGGAGUGGAGGAGAAAGAAGAUUCCACCAUGAAGAAGAAAAGUCCGGAGUUUGAGAUUCAGAGUCUCUCCUCAUCGUUCUACAGCAAGCUGUGCAAUCACUGGGUUUCCUUCCUGGGUGCCAUCCUCUCCCUCGUUAUAAUGUUUGUGAUUCAGUGGAUCUACGCAUUGGUAAAUAUCGGUGUAGCCGUAAUUCUGUAUAUCUACAUUGGAAGGGUGAGCCCGGGCUUAAACCCAGGGGCUGCUGCCAACUUCAGCUUCUUUGCGUGGAUACAGUUAUUGGCCACAACAAUCUGCAGAAGGAAGCCUUCACACGAGGAGCGGUUUGUGGUGACACCAACCUUUGGUUGCGUUGGGAUGGAGACUAUGCAGCUAACGGAAGAGAACGCCGACUUUGCAUCGCGGGGACGGUUCCACCAUUCCUCUGUCAUUAGUAAGGGGCACUUUGUUAACCAGUUUCACUAGAACAGGCUUUUCUGGGAGCAGAGCCGCGCUGAGCGAAUAGCAUGCGCCAAAGGAGGAGCCAGGGCGCUGCACCGGGGUAAGGAAAGUCACGGAAAUUGUUGGCGAGAGGGGACAGAGACCGGCCUCCGUAUCUGCUGCUUCGGGAAUUGAUAAUGAUGGUGAAUAUUGAGACUGCACAUGCUAAUUUAGGGUUACCCCCUAUAAAUGCCCACACGCUGAAGGGGGUGGUGGAUAUAAACUCUGCUGUAGACUGGACAUUAGCCACCCCCUCCGCCCACCAGGAGUGAAAUGUCAGAUGUGUCGCUGGAGGACUCAUUUCCGGAGACACUCAAAAGAAAAUCUAUUUAACCUGAACAAAGGAACCUGAUGUAUAUGGCAGUGUGCACUGUGUCACUCACAUAUAAAGUGUUUUCAGGUGUUUUACAGAUACAGGAGUAUACAGGAUUUAUCCACAUUGGUCGUCUGUUAUGUGUCUUCAGACAGUGGCAGCAACUGGGAAUUAUAAUCUCCUGGGUGAAUUUGUCAAAAUCAACCAUCAGUCUGUUCAUUAAACACUUCUCGCGUGACGCUGACAUAGAA